CCUUCAGGUGACAAUGCUCAAGGACUUCUUCCAGGACGAUGACGUAUUCAUCGCGUACGGACCGGAGAAAUACUCGCACGACGACUUUGACAUCGGCGAGGAUGGUAGGUUGAUACGUGGCGCCCCCUACCAGCACCUCGCGCGCUGCACCCGUGCGGUCGUGAAGCCGAUGUGUGAGAACGGUCUGCCUCCCAUCGCCAACGGCAACGGCAACGCGGUGACGAAUGGUGGCGGAAGAGGGAUGUUCAGCAGUGUUCCGCUCUACAUCUCGGAGAAGUUCUCCAUCGGCAAGCUGAUCGGGGACGGCAACUUUGCGGUAGUGCGGCAGGCUGUCGAUAGGUCGUCAGGAAAGGAAUAUGCGCUGAAAAUCAUUGACAAGUCAAAGGUCAGGGGCAAGGAGCAGAUGAUCAACAAUGAGGUGUGCAUCCUGCGACGGGUGAAACAUCCAAACAUCGUUCAGCUGGUCGAGGAAUACAGCACCGUCAAUGAACUCUAUCUAGUCAUGGAACUCAUUAAGGGCGGCGAUCUCUUCGACCACAUUGCGUCGGCGACCAAGUACACGGAGCGUGAUGCGAGUGGCAUGGUGUUCAACCUGCUCAGUGCGCUCACCUACCUGCAUUCCCUCAACAUCGUACACCGCGACAUCAAGCCUGAGAACCUGCUGGUUUGCGAACACGAAGAUGGCAGCAAGUCGUUGAAGCUCGGCGACUUUGGCCUUUCUAUGGAGGUGAAGGGUCCCAUCUACACGGUCUGUGGCACGCCCACAUACGUCGCGCCGGAGAUUCUGAAGGAAGUCGGGCAAGUGUCUAUCACGGCGAGGAACUAACGCGCGAGUUUGCUUACCUACCUUACACUCACCCCUCUACCACUUUACAGCGCGACCAACAGCCAGGACGAGCUGUUCGACAAGAUCAUCGCGGGGAAGUUUGAGUUCACGUCGCCGUACUGGGACAACAUUUCGCAGUCAGCACGCGAUCUCAUCGCAUGCAUGCUGCACAUCACCCCGGACACUCGCAUCACCGCCGUCGACUGCCAGAAGCAUCCGUGGGUCAAGGAUGGCAUCGCCGGCGACAGCGACAUGCACGUGUCUGUGGCGCGUAAGCUGACGAUGCACUUUGACAUGAGCAAGCACGCGCACACACCAACGUCAGCCGGCGCGGCCGUCAUCGCGUCGACCGCGCUGGAUAAGGAACCUUGCUGGCCCAAGCGUGUCUCGCACGAAAACCUCUAUCAAGACGAAUACUAGGCGGAGCAUCGAGCUUUCUCUCCAUCCCCGCUAAGCUGAGAUGCCAGACACUGCAGCAUCAGAACUGUGCAGCAUCACUGCAGCAUCACUGCAGCAUCACUGCAGCAUCACUGCAGCAUCACUGCA